AUGGAGGUGAAAGGUCCCUGCGGAAUCUCCACGACAGGUGGGGCUCCUUUUGACACCUCCUCCAAGCAGAGAGCUCUGCUGAUUUCGGAACUCACAGACAAACAGCGAGAUCUACAGGAGACGCUGAGACAGAAAGUGAAUGAGCUGCGGAGACUGUGUCUGCAGGAAGCUGAACUGACUGGACAGGUGCCUGCGGAAUACCCCCUGGAAUAUGGCGAGAGACCCCCAGCUGUCACAAGGAGGCCGCGAGCAUUCAGAAUGACCGCGGCAGCGGUUACCAGAGCAGAAGAAGCGCAGUUGGACCGUUUGGAGCGGGAUUUUGCUUUGCAGCUACAGAUGGCAGAAGCUGCUCGCAAGCUGAGUGUUGCUGCAGAACAGAGCACAGAACUGACUGCGGAGCAGCGUAGAAAACGCAGACUGGUUUAUCUGGAUGCAUUGCGCAGGCUGCAGGAAAUAGAGGAACAAAGUAAUAACCUGCGCAGAAAACUGGGCCUGAGGCCUACACAUAGAGUCCCCCACAGUCUGGUCGAUGAAGCUUUCCAAUCAGAGUGCAGUUCAUUAUCUGAUGGGGGCAGCCAUGAUGACAUUCUUGCUCCAGGAAUGAGGCCCUCUCCUCCUCGCAUUGCUGAGCACUCCCGUGCUGUCUCCAAUAGUCCUGAGCGGAGGGUUGGUUGGAAAGCAUCACCUGUGGAAAUGUACUGUGAAAUUCGGAACAGGCGUAACUCCAUGGCCAGCACUGCAAGCCCUACGCGUUCCUUCCCCCGAAGUCUAUCCAGUCUCGAAGGUCGAAGUGUUCCGGCCACUCCAGUCCUGAGCCGAAAUGCCUGCAGCAGCUCUGCACUGAGGUCGGAUGGGUCAGGGUUGUCGCAGAGGCAAUGGACAGGAAGUCAAGACUCUCAAGUAGGCUUCCCCAGUGAGCGUCCACACACUCAUUCAGCCAGAAGCCGGCGAAGCAAUAGUUCUGAAGCUCUGAUAGAGAGACCCCCUCCUGCUGAGACCCAGGGAAAACCUUCCUUUAAGAGUUCAGAAGCUUUGAGCGAUCGCCCUCAGGCAGGUCCGGCACCCACGCACCACCAACAGCGAGGGGCAAGAUCCCCGGACCCCAGGACCCCAAACACCAAUUCUCGUCUUCCAUAUGAAGAGAUACUGUUAGAUUAUUAUAUGGAGCGCCAGCAGCAACAGCAGCAAACAAGAGGGUGGGCAGAAUCAGAAGGUCAGUGGUGGGUGGAACCCGACUCUCCCUGGUGGGCUGACCCUGAUGGUAGUAGCCAUUACUCUAGACGAGACGGCUACUUUGAGGGAUAUAUGGGUAGCCCAGCCCUUCGGAGUCGUGCCGAGACCCAACAGCGCAGAAACGUUACUCGAAACAAAUCAUGUGGCCCUCAGUUAACUGAUGUUGGUCAUUUUCAGCAGCCUUGGCACUCUGAUGGCUUCCAACAACGCAGUGCUCCCCAAGUCUCCCAUCCAGGCCCUCGCUCUAGGAGUCAGCCUCGGGCUCCACCCCCGGAGACAAUGGAGAGGAAUGUGCACAAAGCUCUGGCACUGGAGGGGCUUCGGGACUGGUAUCUGCGCAAUUCAGCAGCAUCUGGGGGAGUUCAAAGGGGCCCUAUUCCCUCACACAUGCAGUACCAGAGAUACUAUCGUCCAGGUUAUCACGAGGGACACUAUCAGACUGGAUCUCCACUUCCACAUUCAAUCAGUUUUACUGGGGCCCCUUUGCAUAGCAGGCACUUUUCAGAGUACGUUGAUGAGGACCUGUACAGCCAGGCCACCAUGACGAGUCGGGCACAAGGAGAGAGGUCAACAGAAGGCACACCACCAGGGACUUUAGUCUGA